AUGCGCACGCACCACAUUCCGUCUACAGACGGCGUUGUUCUGGAAGUACACGAUCGUGGCACGUCGCCUUCAUCCAGUUCCUCCGGUCUCGAGCGCGAUGAGCCCACCGUGCUGCUCCUCGCUCACGCGAAUGGCUUCCACUCGAGAACGUGGGAUGCCGCGGCUGAGGAGCUUAUGCGCGUAGCCUCUAGCGCCGAGGGCCUUGGAGGGCGAACUGGCGGCGUGCGCGUGAUCACGUUCUCGUUCCGCGCGCACGGAAAGUCCACGGCGCCAAUCAGUGCAGGCAGGGACGCUCUGCGGUGGGGUAAGUUCUCGGAGGAUCUCCUCGCCGUGGUUGAGCAAACGCCCGGGCUCGUCAGGGGCAAGCUCGUCGGAAUAGGACACAGUCUUGGGGCUCACGCGAUGCUCCGAGCGGAGGCUUCAAGACCAGGUACCUUCGCGUCCCUGUAUUGUUUCGAACCCAUCUUCGUGUGCGAUCCAGGGAAGCUGCCGCCAUUUGUACCCAUGUCGCUCGAGCGUGCGGCGGCGAGGAGGAGGAGGACUUUCCCUUCCCGGUCGGACGCCCGUGCCGCGUACGGGUCGAAACCUCCACUGAACAUAUUGCAAUCGGAGGUGCUUGACGCGUAUGUUCGACACGGUUUCGUCGAUGCCGCCGGAGGUGAAAAGGGCGAGGUCACGUUGGCCUGUACGCCGGAGACGGAGUCGACGGUUUUUGCGUGCGGCGGCGUCGAGGCUGAGGCGAACAAGCUCGUCGGCGGUGGGAAGGUUCGGUGCCCGGUGACGGUAGCUCACGGCGCUACGCAUGAUCCGAGGGACGUGUACGGUCGGUCACCGAACGAUGCCAUCUACUCGUCCAUCAUUUCUCCCAUCAUUGCAGAGUACAUCGGCGAAAACGCAUUUGUGGAGUAUGCGCCGGCGCUGACGCACCUUGGACCGUUGCAGGAUACUGUUUGGUUCGCAAAGAGCGUCGGCGCGCACCUUUCCCGAGUCGGGGUUGCUAAAGGGCGCAGUCGAUUGUAG